AUGGCGGCGUUCAUGAGGGUUGUUGAUGAGCAAGUGCGACGGGAUUUGAGGCGGCAGCGCAUUUUUAGGGACAGACAGAAUCCCCUUGACGCCUACGACGACCUUGAAAUCAUUCAGCGAUAUCGGUUAGACAGGCAAUCCAUCAUCUCGAUCAUCGAUUUGAUUAAAGACCGCUUAGAGAGGCCCACCCAGCGAUCGGUCAGCCUACCUGUAUCUCUACAAGUCUUUGCAACUUUGCGCUUCCUUGGUUCUGGCACCCAGCAGAGACUGAUUGGGGACACGCUAGGAAUUUCGAAUUCUUCAGUGCGAUGUAAAAUUUUGUUCAGGUCCAUCGAAGAUGUAACAAAUGUCUUGAGUGCAUCACUGCAAAACAUCAACUUUCCAACCAGUGACAUUGACGUUACCAGGACGAAGGUGGGUUUCCACUCCAUUGCUGGAUUUCCCAAUGUGCUAGGAGCCAUUGACGGUACCCACAUUGCAAUAACUGCACCUUCUACCGACGAACACCUUUACAUAUGUCGGAAGGGCUAUCAUUCAAUCAAUGUCCAGGCAAUAGUUGAUGCUGACAUGAAAUUUCUGAGCAUUGUCAGUAAAUGGCCAGGUUCCACACAUGAUGCUUUUGUCUGGGCCAAUUCCUCCAUAGCCCGACGUUUCGAGAGUGGUCAGGUUGAUGGGUGGCUUCUGGGCGAUUCCGGUUAUCCUCUUCGACCGUGGCUUUUAACACCAGUCAAUCGUCAAAGUUGCCGGGGAGAAGAUCGAUAUAACCGGUCACACAGGAGAUCAAGGGUUGUCGUGGAGCAAGCCUUUGGCGUUUUAAAAUCCCGCUUCAGAUGUCUGCAUAAAACAGGAGGGGUUUUGGAUUAUCAACCUACAAAGUGUUGCAAGAUUAUCUUUGUCUGUUGCCAGCUACACAAUAUCUGUAUCGACAAGCAUCUUCCAGUUAGUGAUAUUCCAGAAGAACUGCCCGAAGACGAAAAUGAUGUUGUGUACCAGGGUCCGGUCAAUGACGGUAAAUCAACCAGAGACCAACUAAUCAGGCAACGGUUCUCUUAG